UGUAAAUUUCGCACGCCUCUAGGGAAACGGAAAGAGAAAGAGUCAAUGAUUUAGACGAUACUCUCCUGCCUAGACAAAUGGCCGAAAACUUUACUCGCGUAUUUUCGUUUCAUAUCUCAAUUAAAGUUUCUUGUUGCAACUACUAGUGAUAGUAUAGAAACCUCCUAGUGUUGCAGCUUUUACUCUUGCAAGUAAAAGUCAUUCAAGUAGGAUUAGAAUCUCUAUAAUUUUGCUCCGCAGCCCGAAAAUUCUAAGGGCUAAGGUUUACCUCUCAUUGCAUUCAGUUUCCAUACAUGAUUCAAAUUUGAGUUCUUGAGCAUCUGUUUGAAAAGUAUAAUAGGUGGCACAAGCAAAUAAGGGUGCGCUAAGUUAGGAUCUGGAACCACACAAGUCAAACCAAGAAGAAUAGAGUAAACCUUUGUAGAAGCUAAGUAGCGACAACAAGCGUCAAUAAAGUACAAGUGCCAAAAAAAGUUGUUGCACGAACCCACCAUCAACGGAAGAAGUGCCGGAAGUCUUUCCAGAACAAAGCUAAAGCACCGGCUCGGGAAACGCGAGCAGGAAAAAAAGUAUCUACUGCAGCGAGUGCGAGCAGCACCGAAAUAAAUGCCCCUUUUAUCCAGAAAGCACCACCUCUUGACGAAUUUCUAUUUUCCACCACCAAUUUUUAAUCACAAGUAAAGCCAGCUCCAGUGCCCAGCAUGGAGGACUUCGACGGCGGCGAAGAUAUCGAGUCUGAGAUCGACGAGGUCGAAGUCGAUGACCAGGACUUGGAUGCGGACCAGGAUUUAGAUGGCGACGACCAGGGCGAAAAAGACUUGGGCGCCGCGACCUCGGUCGUGUCGUGGUCGCAGCUUGUUGGGGAGUAUUCGAAGGAGCUGAACAACGGCCAGGGUGGCUAUCGAAACCUGGCGAAAGGGGCGCGCGCGCUGCUCGAAGAGUAUCACACCCACUGCCAGCACCGAACGCUGAACUUGAUCCUCGAGCUAGGCGGUACGGGCUUGCACUUUAUCUCCGCGGAAUCCCUCAUAUUGGAUGUACUGCUGCACAAGGACAAGGAGGUAGGACUUCUAGGAGUCUUUUUGUUUUUCUCUGCUAAACAACCCCCUGAAUUGAAUACGAAUAGUUUCAGUUUGUGUUUGUACUCCAGAUGAAACAAGAACUCAGUCUAACUUGAUGUUUCCCAUUCGUAGUUCUUGUAGGUCCUUUUCGCAUGAUUUUUUAAUAUCGAUAAAACUCUCCAUCAACAGGGUACCAGUGCGGACAAUGUGGGUUUUUCGAAGUUUGCGCAGAUGCCGCAGACACUCCCGGCCAUUCACGCACUCGAGAAGGUGCUCGGGCACAUUCGCGACGCGGGGGGGCGCACGAUGCGGCUGAUUUUCUUCGACUGCUACGAGCAAAUCUUCCACAAGCUCGCCGGCUCCGGCUCCGCGGAGUCGUUCUGGCUGUUGCGACAGGCGUUCUUCCUGCACUGCAUGAACCACAGCAAGCUCGACGUGGCGCGGUUCAAGUCCUGGUAUGACCAGGAUUUCAUUACCCACGUAAAGGAGUGGCGGCCGUCGUUUUUCCUCCUCUCCGACGAGUUUCUCACCGACGCCUUGGCCCGGGAAGAGGAGGAAGAGGAAGACUCGGAGGAAGAGGAGCUGAAAAAGGGAAACGAGCCGGAGAUCGAUGACAAGUUUGUCCAGCAGUACUGGGAACCGGUGCUGAAAUCCUUGACGAUUCAGUGCUUGCGGCACAAGCUCCCGGUCGCGCAUCUCCACGGGCUGGAACACAAGGGCCACCGGAUCAUGUGCUUCACGCUCGGUUUGGAGAACAACUGCCGCUUACUGGCGGACUACAUGGCAAGGAUUUACGACAAGGAUUACGACACUCACAACGAAAACAGGCAAGCGUCUGCGCUCGGCGCAAAGACCAUGUCGGCGUCCAGCCCCAUGGAGGUGGAGGACGUCGAUGAGGUGAGCAGCAGCAGCGCGCUGGCCGAAAAGACGUUGUCCGGCACCAGCAUUCUGGGGCCCAGCAGCCCGUUGCUGUUAGAAAACGUCCCGAAGUGUAGUUUACUGUACCCGGUAGAACACGAGGACGUCCAGGAAAGCGGUGAGAAGGUGGCGACCAUCGUUUCGUGCAUGAAGCAGCUGAGUAUUCCGUUUUCCACCGCCGUGUUGCUGAACUGGAUUCAGGAAUACGUACAGAACGAGGACUAUGCGCCGGAGGGAGAGUUCAUGACGAGCUUGCUGUUUAUCUUCAAGUCGUUCGUCUUGACAAACCUGUUCAAGGACGAACUUCCCCUGCUCCAACGGUGUUUCACCUCCUGGGAGCCGGAUGAGGACGGCGAGGGGUUCCUGGACGACACACUGGAGACGAUCGUGGGUAAAUUCCAGGAAUACAGUGCGGGGGUGAUGCAGAGCUUUGUGCAAGUGAACAGCGGUUGCGACACGUUUGAGACGGACUCGGGCAUCAUGCAGGGCGUGAACAUCGAGAAGCAGUGUGACUUUCAGGACUUCGUCGAUGUACGCUUGUUGAGACAUGUUGCGGGGUUCCUUUUGCAGCAGAAGGCAAGCGAAGUGGACGUGAAAGUGUUCGACAUUGCGAAGGAUCUGAAGAAGAAGCUGCAGGACAUGUGGGAAAACUACGUUGUUGCAUCUGGCGCCUGCCCUGCGAACUGCAAAGCUUUUUGGCCCAUUGCUGUCGAUUUGGAAGAAUUUUCGGAGGCACCGCCAGAACUUCCCGCAGCACCAGGGAUGCGAUCCAUGCCCGAGAUUGCUGAAAUCAAAAGUGACUUGCUGCAAGAGGUACUAGUGCUAAAUAUUACAUUUUUUAUUUUUGCUCACUUGAAAAAUGACGACCACGACCUGUGUCGAAAAUAUAUAUCGAACUCCUUUGAACUGCCUCUCCGGUUUGCGUUGGCGUGUGCCCAUCGCAGACAACAUCAACAUUGUGUCUUCACUAUAUUACGUCAUCUCUCUAGGUUGUCUUCAGCAAAAGGGAGCUAAAGACCAUGGAUCCCAACGCCCCGAAAGACCUGGAUGAUGAGCCGAAACUGUUCGACGGGAGCGGGUGGAAGGUUGGCACCGCGGUCUCGUCCGUCGGCUUCGAGGAACACAUGGAGGAAAACCGAGGGCAGAAGAAGGAGCGCGAGAGGAAGGCGGCGAUCAUCAAAAAGAAAGGGUUCCUGUCCAAGGCCGACCUGGAAUUCUUCGCAAAGGGCGCCGCGCGAUCACGGCAACUGGCGGUGCGGGCGAUUUCGAACUAUGCUAAUUCGCUGACCGGAUCGAAGGGACUACACAAGCCCAUUCUAGUCAAGGACGAGAAAAUGUUGCAGGACGAGAAAAAACUAGCAGCCGCGCAAGAUAACAAAAGCAAAAAGCACAUGGUACAGACCAGUGGCUGUUGCAAUUUCUAUUUCUAUAAUUUCUACGUAUUUCUAAUAUAUCUCUACGACCCCACAUUGAUAUUAUUGAAAUCAAAUUGAUUACUGUACCAUUAUUCCGCAGAUUGACCUCGCCUAUCAAUGUUGCGCUUUCGCAACUGGUUCGUUAUAACGAAGUGGCACCAAUAAAAUAGAAGUUGAUCCGCGCUCACAAUCCAUUCCUGAGGGUCGUGUCUGCAUGUGGUGGUCAUUCCAGCUUACAAUUUGCUCCACUCACAACUAUCUACAGGAACUUCUCAAGAAAAACGAGGAGAAAGCGAUAGCGGAAGCCAAGAAGAAGGACGAGGAGCGUCUUGUCCAGUGGGAAAGGGACGCAGAGGGCUUGAACCCGAGCAGCACGGGCGUCACCGCGUUUCUCAAAGUACAGCAGCUCCUUCUGGAGAUGGCGGCCGGGUACCCGCGGUACUCCGUGGUGGACGACUUUACCGGCUUCAAAGACGGGAUUUCCAAGUUCUUCCAGACGAAAGAGGCCCGAACGAAGAUUGCUGUCAAAAUGCUGGGGCACAUCCGCAAGUUUUUGAAGAAGGUCAACUUGAAUACCGAAUUGAAGUCUGGGGAUGUGCUCACGCGUGCCGGAAGCAGUGCCAACGCGUUGUACAAGGCGGGAUCAGCAGCAUCAUCAGCAGGGAGUUUGGACAAAACGCUCUCUGUCGCUGGAACGCUAAACACGUUCAUGGUAAGUACUAGUACAUGCUUUUUUAGAUGCAUAGAAUAAUAUGGACGAAAGUUUGUUGCUUCAUCGGUGUAGACAUCAUGAAUCCACAUAAUGCAGUGCCCGCCUUAUAUGUAGCGCUACUUGCAGCUUAUGCUGAACAAAAGAAUGAAGAUGAACCUUAUGAAGAUGAAUAUCCAAAAAGGAACUCUGGUUGUAUCAUUUCCAACAGACUCAAGACCUGGGCGAGAAUCAGCAAGGGGUGAGCCCGCGCAUGGCGCAGUUUGUCUGCUACAUCUUCAACUUCUGCCACACCGUGUUCAAGGAGUACGGGCAGGACCUUGAGGGGAAGGGAAUUCGGCUCCUCCAAGAGGUUCUCAUCGCGCUGGGCUUCCCCGAGUCUGCGACCAAAGUUUUUCGGCAGUGGGCCGAGAUGCAAGCAGGCGACGAAAGCAGCCCCAAUGACUCGGUGGAUCCAAAAAAGGAUGCAAAAGACGACAAGAAGAGCAAGAAGGAGGACAAAUUGCGGAAGACGAAAUCCGAAAUGCCGAAGCAGAAACUGACCAAGAAGGAGCUUAGUGUCGGCGGCAAAAGCAACAAGGAGGACAACAUUGCCGACCUGAAGAAAACCAAGUCGUCGCUGUCCGUCACCUCGCGGCGGUCUGACAAGCUCGAUGACUACUACGUCGACCCACGCCAGAUCACGUCGGACGCGAUCUCGGGCAAGGACCAAAUCACCCCCUAUGAGGGCCCGACGCUGAUGGGCGGCGAGCAGGCGUUCCAGCUGUCCUUUAAUGGCAGGUACAUGGAGCGCAAAGUGGGUACCAGGAAAGACGAGCGGGUGUUGUUCAAGCCGGAUGACUGGCAGAGCGAUUUGCUAACGGUGGUCGACAACAAUCAGUCCGCCCUGGUGGUGGCGCCUACCGCGAGUGGAAAAACGUUCAUCUGUUACUACACGAUGGAAAAGGUCUUGUCCACGGACCACGAAGGCAUCGCGGUUUACGUCGCUCCGAGUAAAGCGUUGGUGAAUCAGGUAAGUCUUCAUCUUGAUGUGCGGGAUAAUUCAACUGCUUCGCUUUUGCUCACGCGUUACUGUUGUGGCUCAUCAACAGGCCAACACAAAUUACUCAACGUCAAGAAUCUUCAGCGAGGCUAAUAAAUAUGUUGCACACGACACUGACACUUCACUUCCUAUUCCUCCCGAUCUCACGCACAGGUCUCUGCCGAGAUUUUCGCCCGAUUUUCGUCGAAAAACUACCCACCUAAUGCAAAAAACGAGCUGUUGGGCGUCUUCUUGCGUGAGAUGAACAGUGCUGGCGGUGUAGCAGAGCAAGGAAAGUGGGUGAAUACGCAAGUGCUGGUUACCAUUCCGCACAUCCUGGAGACCAUCCUGCUCAGUCCAGAAAAACACGAAUGGGUGAGAAGCAUUCUUCAGUUUUUUUCUUGCAAGUAGAAAUUAGUUGCAUCCUUCCAAAGCUAUGUACCUCUCAUAAAAUUAAAAACCACUUGCAGUUGCUUUGUUUUUUGGCAACGCAAGGGAGAUGAUGAAGGAGGUCAGUGAUCAAUUAUCCCAGGUCAAGCGCUUGCGAUACAUUGUCUUCGAUGAAGUUCAUUGUAUCGGUGAGUCUGAGGGCGGUGCCCAAUGGGAGCGGACGAUGCAGCUGAUUCCUUGUCCGUUUAUCGCACUGUCCGCCACCGUGGCCAAUCCGGAAAAUUUCCACAACUGGCUCUCGCUGUUGCAGGAGAAAAAGUUCCCGCACAAUCCGAAAGUGCACCUGAUUAAGCACACCGAGCGAUGGAAUGACUUGUACAAGUUUGCCUUCAUAGACGGAAGUCUGUACCCGCUCCACCCCUUCGCCUGCUUGAACGAGAGGACAGUCAGGACGCAGGGCGUCAUUGCCGAUUUCUCCAUGACACCCUCGGAAACAUCAACAUUGGUGCGGACGUUCACCGACCUGUUUUCGGGGGACAAGGACCCCGCCAUUCAGGCGGCGAUUAAGAAGUUGAACCCGCGGGACUUCUUCCUGACCAACCGAAUCAUCACGAAAACGGACUUUAGAAAGUACGAAAAGCUCGUGUUGCAAACGUUGCUCGGCGGCACUGGCGCUCCGGAAACUUCCAGCGACCCGUUGGUCAGAACAAACACCCUGAUGACGGGGUCGGAGACCAUCACCAGCCCAGCGAAUAGCUCCAAGGACAACUCGCCAACAACGAUCCCAGAGGACGAAGAAGUGGAGGAGAAUCUGGAUGCCGGACAAAGAAAAAUGGCCGUCAUGGCGCAGAAGUUCGAGGCGGCGUCUAUGAAUUCCGGAGACGAGGGCUCAAUAAAGGAGGGCAAGAAGAUGCUGCUCGACAAGGACAAAUUCAACAUGUUGCUUACCGCUCUUCGAGUGCUCCCCAGGAAGAACCUCCCGGGGUUGCAGAACAAUUUACCCAAGCUCGCCUUCAGCAACAUGUCGACGCCCGGAGUGACCUCGAACACCCAGACCCCGGCGGACACAGCGACUCCCUCCGACAACAACGAACUACAGAAAGCGACCAGUGUGAUCGCGGGGAAAACGCAGUCCGUACCGCUUGGUGGUGGGCCCGUAACCGAGGUGGUGCAGACCCAGCUGGAAAAGAGCAUGAGCAAGACUCCCGGCGGUGGCAGCGCAGGCGGGUUCUUCCCACAUUUGCAGUCCAGCACGGUGGAUGUUUCCAAGAUGGAGCUGCAAAAAACCGCAUCGGGGGCAAAGAUGUACCAGUUUUUGAGGGAGCUCGACCGGACCGAAAACUUGCCAACCAUCAUUUUCAACUUCAACCGCGUAGACCUGAAAAAGAUGAUGUCUGGGCUCUGCAAGCACAUGCAGGACAUGCAGUACGAGAAGUACCUCGGCACCGAGGACGCGCGCGCCGCGACGAAGCAGGAGAACGCGAAGCGUGAGGCCGAGUUCAACCGGAAGUUGAAGCUGUACGAGGCGCAGCUGAAGCUGAAAGCGAACGAUGAGGACUUCGACGAGACGACCCUCGAGGAACCGGUGAAGUUGCCCAACGUGGAGGAUGAGCUCGACCGCGAAUUCUCCUUCCACAGCGAGAAAGCGUACGGGCAGUGGAAGGACAGUAUCGACGAGGAGUUUAAAAUGCUCCGGCUGAACAAGCGCAUGGACAGGAUGCUGAUCGCAGCGCUGGAGCGCGGUAUCGGCAUGCACAACGAGUCCAUGCCCACGAAGUACAGGCAGUUAGUGGAGGUUCUCUUCCGUCGAGGCUUUUUGAAAGUCGUGUUCGCCACCGGCACACUCGCGCUCGGAAUCAACAUGCCGUGCCGCUCGGUGGUGUUCACCGGUAACGACGUGGAGCUGAACGGUUUAAUGUUCCGGCAGAUGGCUGGGCGCGGGGGUCGUCGUGGCUUCGACCUUCUCGGGAACGUGAUCUUUUUCGGCGUUCCCUUUGAAAAAAUCGCACAGCUGGUAGCGGCGGAUCUGCCCACGUUGUCCGGAGAAAUGAACUUGUCCCCGACUACGUUGCUCCGGGUUCUGGUCCGGGAGCAGGGCCUGCAGGAGGUGAAGGAAAGCGGAAAGGUUGAGCUGAAUGAAAUGAUACACAAGAAAUGCCUGCAGCCAUUGUUUGAGUGUCCGUUCUUCCAGGCCUCCAUCUCCAGCGAAACGCUCGGAACGCAGUUGGCCUUGCACGCAAAAUACUCGCUCGAGUUCUUGCACAAAGAAGGUACACGCUUGAACACUUCGAAUUUUGUUUGUUGUAGUUGAUGAAGAUGCACCUAUAUUGAUAUUUCAUCAAUUUUUCAUUUAGACGACGCUCUUGUUGUCUGUCUCUGUUGGUUCUUGACGUCACAGACGCUAAGCUGCAGAAUCAGUCACCAAAUCAUCAUCUUCAGGUCUGAUUACACCGGACGGAGUGCCCUUUGGCCUCGCCGGCCUCGUAGCCUUUUCUUUCGAGUGUGAGCCGGCAAACCUGGUGCUGAAUCGUUUGCUGCGGUCUAAUGCGCUACAUGCUUACUUGAAGAACGCAAAAAAGUCGGAGGUAAAGGACGACCGAAAUACCUGGGUGUCCACGAAGCUGUGCGCUGUGCUCGCUCAGUUCUUCUUGCCAAAGAGGAACGCCGCGAGCAUUGAGCAGGGCAUGAUGAAGCGAACGCAAACAAUGUCUUCAAGAAUCACAAGAAGAAAGCAUUUGCCCAGCCCAGACUGCCCGUCAUUACCACCACUACCAGAAAGCAUCAGAAAGGAGAUCCUCAUUUACAAUGAAGACAUCUCGCACACCUACAUGAACUACAUCUGGUCCACCUGCGCAACGAAAAAGUAUGAAACCCAGCCGGGGGACUUCACACUGCCGAUGACAGGAGUCAAGUGCUUGUCCGAAUACAAACCGGAAUUCACAAAGGUACAGAAAAUCUUAAUGAUCGACUUAAAGGUGCAAAGACCACGACUGUCGGAAAAAAGUUAAUAAGUAUCUAGUAAGAUUAAUAAGAAAUUAUCAGGGGAACGACAACGAGGUUGGUCGACACUUUGAUUUUCCGAAAUUUCUCCUAAUCUAUCAGAAUAGUAGAAUGCGAAAGAAAAAUAUUUUUUACAUACUUAUCAGGGCCUGAUGAAUCCGAAAUCCACGUUUAGUCAGUGGCUCAAGCAGAGUCAGAGCAAGUUUAAAGCACGGAGCAUAUUCAGUGCCAUGACGGGGCUUGGAGACCACUUUGAGAAUUACCGGGACGCAAUCGUGAACACGCGAAGCUCUGUCGCAAAGGUCGACAUGAACUCGAUACCAGUAAUCGACUUGGAACACAGCAGAAAUUCGUAUACAGAUUUGUUUUUCGAUUUCGACGUAUGAACUGUGCAUUUUCCCAUGUCCACCACCAAGAAACUUCUAUUGCAUGCAUUACUUUUGUUGAUGUUGAAACUACAGAGCACAUGAUGAUCAAAGUUUUAGUUAUUUUUGACUGCUUUCCCACAUACAACCUCAACGAAUUUGCAUCCAGGUACUUGCUGGACUUUCUGGCUCACGGUCAGCUCCGCUUGCUUACAACCGACAAUGGCUUGAAUCAAACAGAAGCGUACGCAAGUUUGUCUUCGUUUCUGAUGGCACUGCUGAUGAUCGAUCACGCCAUCGGGCAAAUGGCUCCGCCGCUGAAAAAGUCCACCACUGGGAGUCUGACGGGCGACAUUGUGGUGCUCAGCCUGAAGGACCUUAUCGCAGACUUGAAAGCGCGGCUGUCAAAGGCAUAA